AUGCAACCGUUCGCUCUCAAUGGGCGCGAGCGGCCUGAAGGCGGCAUCAAAGCUGCAUUUGACCAAUUCUCGCCCAUGUUGCAUAGUCGCCUACUAAGAGGGGAGUAUGAGCGUGCAUCCGAGACUUGGGGCCAAAUCGCGCGCCUCGCUGGCCGCCCUGUCGAUGCUCUCAAUCAAGGACGCUCGGGCAUAGAUGCGGAAAAACUUAUUCCUCGCAACCCACUCACUCCAAACGAAACCUCGCAAAACAAUUCGCAAGAUAGCGAGAUUGGAGUCUUGUCCGAGCACGGUUUCGACCUGGUCCGCGAGUACUAUGAACAUGUCAUCACAAACUACCCACACAAACCGAAGGCGCCCUAUUCUAUUGAUGAAAGAACUUUCUAUCCGCACAUGCUUUCCCUGUGGAUUUUCGAGGUUUGCGAAAAGAGCAAGCGUGCGAAGUCGCGAUUACAGGAUGAGGUUGCGGCCCUAUCACCGUCUUCGAGAAGCACGUCUAUUGAUGGUGUCCAUGAUGAACAGCCGGAUGAGUUCUACACCAAAAAGGAGACAAUCCAACGAGAAGAGCUUGCGGGAGCCAUACAGAUUGCAGAACGCCUCGAUGAAAUCAUCAGUACACUCCCGUCUGAGCACCAAGCGGGUGUCUUACAGCUUCGUUCCGACAUUAAUGUGUGGAUUACACACCUUUCAGAGGACAUACAUCUGUCUUCGGCCGAAAGUAUGAGGCGUGAGCUGCAUCGUGCACAGUUAGGACAUGCUUGA